AUGGCGAGGAAAUACGUCAAAGUAGAUCAAAGAUUGACCAUUUUGGAAAAGGCAAGUUGCGAAGGUUCAAUUGAAUGCUUCAAAAAUGACAUUAUUGAGUACUUGCUCGGGUUGGAUGGUAACAGGAUACAAAUAGACCCCAUCAUGAUUGACAACCAGCCUGAGAUCACUUGGGUCAUGCGACCAUUUAUUAUCGAUUAUUUGGUUGAGUUACAUAAUUUUUUCAAACUAGAUGAUGAAACCUUGUUUCUAGCGUGUUCUAUAUCCGACAAGUAUUGCUCAAAAAGGAUUGUUUAUAAGAAACACUACCAAUUGUUAAUCAUUACAUCAUUGUGGAUUGCUGCUAAAUUCAAAGAUGUUAAAACCAGAAUACCGACUCUAAAGGAGCUUUGUUUCGUUUGCCAUCGAACUUAUGAGCCUAAUGUUUUCCUUCAAAUGGAGAGACAUAUCCUUAAAACUUUAGAGUGGUCAAUUGGAAAUAUAGUUACCACAUCAGAUAUGUUGCAAUUGAUGAUAUCAUCAUCCAGUGAUGAUUUGAUACCGAAAGACUUUAAUUUUCUUAAUUUAGCUUCGUUUUUUUGUGAUGUGUCGUUAUAUCGGAGAAGCUAUCUUUCCUAUUCAUCAUUAACAAAAGCGAUCGCUGCUUUAUUGAUCACAUCGCGUAUUCUUGGUCAUGAUGAUUUUCCUGAUUUCUUGGUUCAAUUGAUGACUUUCUCCUUGGAAAAGAAUGAUUUCUGUCUCAAUGAUCCUGAGUUUUAUAAACAAGCCUGUGACGAUAUCCACGAGAAUGAGUAUCGUUAUAAUGAUGACAUUAAGCGAUUACAUCAACUUAAUGAGUUAUCCUCCAUAAUCUGCAGCCAAAAUAUUAACGAUAUCAGAAAUUGUUUUUAUCUCUUUUUGAAAGAUGUCUUUCAUGAGAAUUCACAGAAUAACGGAGAGAGAAUUUCGAAUCUACUACUCAGAAAACAUUCUGUUGGUAGUCUUUUGGAAUCCUACAAAUCGCAGAAUUGCGCAGCUUACAAUAAUCUAUGCUUCAUGAAAGACGCAUUAGAGCAUUCUGAUUUGGAUUCAGAUGUAUUCCAAUCUCACUUCAAAGAUUCAGUAUUCACUUACAUCGAUAGGCUAGCUGGUUUUAAAACGACAGAGGAGAAACUUAAGAGACUCUCUUUACCUUUCAUUUACGAAAACAUGCUUCUGACGUCGCCUCUGACUCCCUUGUCGUCAUUGCCAGUCUCAAGAGAAAACGAUAUAUCAAAAAUCAAUGUACCAAAUACAAUGCCUCUCGCGCAAUUCAAUCCUUCAAUGUUAUGUUCCACGACAAAUUGCGAUGCCACAUUUACACCCUUAGCAUCAUAUUAUCCGACACAGUUCAAUUCAUACCCUCCAACGCCACUUUCAGCUAAUUCAUGCUUCAGCGCGAGACCCAAAUUGGGGUCAAUCGGCAGCAGCUCAAGUAGUGUUUCUUUUUCGGCCAAUUCGAUGGUUUCGCCUGCAGGUCUGUUGAAAAAAUCGUAUAGGUCAAAUUCACGUAAUUCCCCAUCCCACUUUCGUCCUGUUCUUUCGAGAAAGAGUAGCACGCAAAGUGACAUUUAUGAAUUAAUUAGUAAAUAG